AUGGACAUUGGCUUUGCGGGACCUCGUUACACUUGGACCAAUAGAAGGGAAAUUCAAGCUUUGAUUCAGGAGAGAAUAGACAGGUUCUUUGUGAACCCUCAGUGGUGUUUGCUUUAUCCGGAUGCUAAAGUCACCCAUCUUCCUAGGUACCACUUUGAUCACUGCCAUGUUCUGUUAGAGAUGCAACCAGGUGUAAACAAGGGGAAGAAGAGGCCAUUUAGGUUUCAAACGUGCUGGUUGCUUGACCCUACCUUCCCUGCUAUUGUUUCUCAAGCUUGGGGAGGUGCAGAUAAUCUUGUUGAGGCCGUUGAUAGCUUCACUAGGAAUGUUGUGGAUUGGAAUAAAAAUCAGUUCGGGAAUAUUUUUACAAGAAAAUUCUGA